AGUGGUACAAAAAGGCAACGCUUUUUUCAUGUUUUGACAAAGCGAGUUGAUUUACGAGUGACACGUGAAUGCAACACCAGUAUUAGUUUUUUCAGCCUUUCAAAAUGACGGAUCCUACAUCUCCAGAGGAGCACUGGAAAACAGAUGGUGCUUUCAGCGAUGGUGGCUUUGACCAAAGUUUCUACCUUGAAACGGCCAGAAAAGGAAGCGUGGUGUCCAGAGCGAACAGCAUUGGUUCAACAAGUGCCUCUUCAGUACCAAAUACAGACGAUGAGGACAGCGACUACAGACACGAAACGUCGCUUAAAGACUCGUAUAAAGAUCGACGGAGACAGGCGCACACGCAAGCCGAGCAGAAGCGCCGAGACGCCAUUAAGAAAGGUUAUGAUGAUCUUCAGUCGAUUGUUCCCACCUGUCAACAGCAGUCUGAGUUUGCAGUAGGAGCACAGAAGAUCAGCAAAGCUACAAUCCUGCAGAAAACAAUUGACUACAUUCAUUUUCUUCAUAAAGAAAAGAAGAAGCAAGAAGAGGAAGUCUCUGUCCUGAGGAAAGAAGUUAUGGCACUGAAGAUAAUGAAAACGAACUAUGAGCACAUAGUAAAGGCGCACCAGAGCAACCCGCAGCAGGGAGAGGAUCAGGUCUCCGACCAGGUCAAGUUUGACAUCUUUCAGAGCAUCAUGGACUCCCUGUUUGUGUCCUUCAGCAACUCCGUGUCGGUCAGCAGCUUCGAGGAACUGUCUGCGUGUGUUUUUAGCUGGAUUGAGGAGCACUGCAAACCGCAGACGUUGCGGGAGUUUGUCGUCAGAGUUCUGCGGCAGAUUAAUGUCCAGCUUUACUGAUCAAAGACUUUCCUGGUGAACUCCCCAAAAACAGACUCUUAAAAAACAGAAAAAACAUAUUCAGUGAAGCUGUGCUGCAGCAUUCCCACCCACUUUAGCUCCUCUGGGACCCCCGGCUGCAGGUGGAUCGCCUCUUCAUGGUAUGAGCGGAGAUGACCGAGAAAACAGUUUCUGACCUUUUCAGAAGGUGCAAAAUAUUGCAGCAAGUUAAAAUCUCUUCAUGCCCUUUUUAAAAUAGUCCAGACUAACUCUUAAUGGUGGUUUCUGCUGCAAGUGGAGCACUGAUGCAUGCAGGGAAGGCGCACGUCACGCCUGAGUUUGAGGCUCAGAAUCACUCCUGAAAUGUGUUAAAACAAGUGUUUGACUACGUUUUACGUGUGCGCUUUUAGUGGAUACUUCCCCUUUAAUGUGAAAGAAUUUACAUUUUUAAAUGUCGAUGUGACAAAUUUAAAUAAACCUUAAUUUUUGUGUAUUUAAUUAGGAGAAAACACAUUGAUAAAUCCCCCACAAUUCCCCACUGAGGGAUUUCUCAGCCUUAUUUUCUGAAUCAGUGUUUAUGUACAUGUAUUGUGGAAAAAUGCACACUUAGAAUGUGUUUUAUACAAUCCCUUUAA